UUGAUUAUGAUUUGACAUUAAAGACAGGAGCAGAACAGACAUUCACAAUUUCACAUAAGCCAAUGAAGCUAAAAUCGAAACCAAUUAAAAUUUAAAUUAGAAUUGGUAUGAUUUCCUUGCAAUAGCGAUAGUAUGUAAAAUAUAUGGAAAAACGUAAGAUUUCUAAUCGAAAUGGUGAUUCAAAAGACUAGCACUAAUAUAGACGCUAACAAAAACAUAGCAGUUGAUAACACUGCAAGUGGUACAUGGAAUUUCCAAGCGCCAACAAAAAUAAUUAAUAUUCGUACAAACACAGCGGCGACAAUGCAAGCGAAACAGCCUAUUACUCGACAGAUAGCGAUAAGCACAUUGGCGGCUAUGCAUCGAAGAUUCAGUUUGCCAGGUCCUGUUCAGCCACACUCAAGGCCGAUUGCCGAAUUUCGCGCCAGUGCUAACAAGUCCCUUGAUAUGUUGAGACAGACCAUACAAUCUGCAGUGACAAGGGAAAUUGAUCAAGUUAUUAAAAAAUAUUUGGAAAAAUUUUUUGUGCCUGCUGUAAACAACAUUAGAUUGAACUUAGGAGAUGAAUCCGUCAGUGAAGAUCAGGUUCGAGCAGUUUGUCGUGCUAUGUUGGAUGCAACUAGACUGUUAUAUUCCACACCUUCUCGUACAACACAACCAGGUUACGAAACAACUGAUGAUAAUGCUGAUAAUAAACUGACAAAGCAAACACUGCAGAACCCACAAAGUAAAAGGAAGGACACAGAUAUUGAUAUAGACUUUAUAAGAGCAAAGAAAAUAAAACAAGAAGAGAUAAUCGAUGGUGCUUCAUCACCUCUGCCAUCACCAGCUAUCCGGGACCCAGAGAAGUGGAAUCCUGCAAGACUUACGCAAGAUACAUUGUUCAUCAUGGGAUCUCAUGCUCAUAAAGUGCUUGGUCUUGGCAAUUCUCGAGGACGUUUAUAUACAAGACAUGCAGGUUUGUUGAGAUAUCCAGCAGACAGUGUUGACAAAGAGUGGAUAGCCAAUCACAACUUGGUAAAUGCCGUUGGAGGCAAAACUUAUAUAAUGGUAUUGGAGGAUAUUGAAGAACUUGCUAGAAGUGACGCUUAUAAACAUAGCUCCCUACCCUUGCUAGGUGAAUUGACUGGAUUUAAAGUACCACCGUUUAUGUUACGAAAAAUAAAAGGAUACGUAUUAAGACGAUCUUUGAGUGGCGACCUCAACGCUGACAGCCCUCAGCCAUCCACAAGUGUUGUUCAAGAAGAGAAGUUCAAAAUAGAUGACAUCAAGUUGGAGGUGCAUGAUGAUUUUGAUUCUGCCAAUUUUAAUGCAAGUCAGUACAUGACAAAUUCGGAUAACUCAAGAGCCUUUGCAGAGGUGCCGAUGAUGAAAGAGGACACAGAUUUUGCUGAUAUUAAAGUAGAAGACAUAGAUGAUAUAAAAGUAGAUGGUAUAAAAAUGGAGGACUUAGAUGAAAUGAAAGUAGACGGGAUUAAAGUUGAAGAUUUAGAUGUUAAUGAUAUUAAAGUUGAAAAUAUUGAUGAUAUAAAUGUUGAUGCUAUUAAAGUUGAAGAUAUUAAGUUAGAAACUGAUGAUGCAUUUGAUCUCUGUAAACAAGCUGAUGAUGAACAAAGCAAUUUAGUAGAUGGACUUCUAGAAGCUGAUAUAGAAUUCCUAAGCCGAAAUUUAGGGAAUAUUGAAAGUGAUGCCGAUGCGAGGAAAACUAUCGAGAAAUUGACCGGAGCUAAUCCAGAUACGAUUACAUUAGUCGGCGACGAAUUCGACUUGGGAACUACACUCAACACGCAUAACUUUACAGGUAAUCAAAGUACAAAAUGUAUAACCGUAGCUUCAACAACGAGUGGGAUGAUACACAGCGUGCCAGUAGCUCAUAUAGCUCCGCCUCGUAUUACUGGCAGCACUGUCCACUACUACACCAGUUCAGGUGUCCAACCGAGUGGCCAAAGAACUAUACACCAUCUACCACAAGCCACUGUUACUAUACAAAGCAUUCCUGGAUCCAAUUCUCAUAUGAUUCGUGGAAUACCGAUAAAUGCAAAAUCUGGCACAAUAAGCACGGUAGUGUCCCAAGGAACGGGUAGUACGAUCAUCGGCUUCGGAACCCGGACGUCGAACGCGACGAUUAUAGGGACACCGCAGUAUGUGAACGUCUCAUCGAAAUCUUUCCCGACUGGUAAUAUUUUGCACAACGCCAUCGUUUCGAAGAACAUCAUAAAUCGCAACGUGGGAGCGGCUUCUCCGGGAGUGUCCUUCAACGUGACCACAGUAAGACCUUCACACACAACCACGCCAAAAAGCACAGUCGUUACAGCCACAUCAGCGGACUACGAUAACAUUUCCACCACGAAAGAUAUGAUCGAUAACGCUUGUAACUCAUCGCUUAUGUUGAAAAAGGUUUUGACUUUGGGUAGUGCGGCGGCUUCGAAGUCUUUCAUGAUGCACAAUACACAAAAGGUACUGUCGACUGGUUUCGCUAAUGGCGUCACCCCGCCUCCUAAUGUCACCAUUGUUAGUUCGGGGACUAGUGGGGGUAUGUUGAAUAACCCCAACAUAGGCGGUUCGAGUAUGGGAAUUUCAUCUAACGGAAAUUUAAGCGCGACUCAUGCGACUCUCUCCGCUUUAUUGGCUUCAAACGCAGAAAAUGUAAAAGGUAAAAAUAAUUAACUACACAUUCCCGUUUAAGUUUUAUUACUUUGAGCAUUGAUCUCGUUAAUGUUUUUUUUUUUGUUUUAUGUUACAAAUGUGCCGUUUUUUACACAACGAAAGGUUAUGUUUCAUUGGUUAAUUUAAAUUUAAAUAUGUUCAACUGUGAUCUUAUAAGAUCUUUCGAGUUUGUGAUAAAAAUCUCAAGUGAGUAAUUUUAUCUACCUCCUAAGUUACCUGAUGAUUAGUUAGUAGUGUGGAUGUUGUGCCAAAGUAUAUCAUUAUAUCGGUAUUAAAAAAAUAUGUAUUUAAUGUUCUCCUCUCGUAGGUUUGAUCUUGUUUAAUAGUUAUGUGACAAAUAUAUAUUAACAUUUAAGAUAUAUUGUAGUCGGAAAAGCUUCUGAACUUUAUAGAUAAGUAUUUAUUUAGCUUAUAUAGUCCUUUUCAUGUAGGAGUUUAUGAAGCAAUGAUUGAAUUGUAGUUUAAGUCACAAAAAUAUUAAUAAUAUUAUUAAUUUUUUUUGUAACUGUAGAAGGGAAGUUUGAACAACACUUAUUAAUAUGCCCGUAUGGUAAUUGUGCUAAUCAAAAACCGGUAUUAAACCAAUUCAAACCAGACAGAUAAAAUAGUAAUUAAAUUAUUUUGUGUCUGUUUACAAAUUUUACAAAAUCAAUAUUGACCUUGAAAAAUAUGCAUUAUUUAUUUAAGACAAUUUAAUUGAUACAUUCGGUAUUUUUUAAUUUGGUUUUACGAACCUUGUAGGCUAAUGACGUCACUGUAGGAAAACUUUAAAAAAAAUAUUUUGUAUAUUUAAGUGGAGUAAAUAAAAUACUUAAAUUUCGUAUUUUGUGUAGCAUAUUUCGUUGUGGUAAAGGUUGUGAAUACUAAAAGUUUCUUACGAAGGACUAAAGAUUUUAAGUAAAACGGAAUUGAAUAUUUUCACGAUAUCAAUUAAUGUUUAUUUAUUUGCUUGUUUUUAAUGUAAUUAAAUGUUAAUUUACAUUUCGCGCUAUUCAGUAUUAAGUAUUCCAAAGGCUGUGUGUUAUAAUGUUAUUGCUUUAUUUUAUGGGUAUAUUUAAAAAUAUAUUUUUGGAAAUAUUUUUCAUUAACGAAAAAUGUAUUUCAGUAUAAGACUACUUUUUUUUAUUAAAUUUGCGUUAUAUUUCUGAUAAAGUUAUUGGAUACCAAUGUCUGUGUAAACGAUAAAUGAUAAAAUGUCUAUGAAAAGUAAAAAUAACAAUAAUAAUUUUCUUACACAAAAGACAAUUUUAAAAUGUUUGAUUAAUCAAUUAUCGGGAUAUAAAAAGACUUAAAUUAUUUUACAAUGUUAUCUAUUUUAUGUUAGGGCGCUUCUAUGCUUUGUUUGUGGCAAUAUUAUUUUAUAUGCUUUAAUAUCAAAAACGAAAAGACUGCAUAUUUAUUUAUUUGUGAUACAACUGCUUAAGCAGCUUUCCGUGCAAUUUUGCUUUUUAAAUUAGUUUAAAUGUUGACAAUGCUUUUUUAUCUAUGUUUUUAUUGUCUAUGGAAUUUAAUGUCGCCAUAUAAAUUCUUGCUUAGCUUUAAAAUGUAUUCCAAUAUUAGAUUUAAAUUAUGAUCGUGUGGUUUGGCUGUUCAAUGUGAUUGAUGUCUUAUUAAAAUGCUUUAUUGUGUAUUUUCAGACGUUUUUACUAUACGAUAAUCGGCUACGUUAUUUAAAUGUCAGACUAAACGCAUCUUUAUUUAUUUUUUUGGUAUAAUAUUCGAAAGGUACCUUAACUCUGCCAGAGUUGAAUUAUAGUUUGACUGUAAAUAAAAGGUAAUACCGAUUUUGUCUUUGGUUUGGUUGGUGUAUUUCGAUACGUCGUUAUAGUAAAAACGAAUUAUUGGAACGUUCGCUUUUGAUGUCGUUCAGAAAUGUGGUUGUGAAUGUUGAGAACAAUUUUUUGAAUUUAACUUUUUAAAUGUUAUUUUGAAAUUGUCAGUAUUAAUAAAUCGUUUUCGUUCUGUGUAUUAUUGCUCAAUAUUUUGUUUUAUAUUCUCGAUGUUUAUUUUUUUUUUUUGUUAAUUGUCAUUUUAGGAUUAAAACGUUCGAUUAAAGGCAAUGGUGAUUUAACCCGUAAUGCAGGUAAAAUACUGAGGAAAAAGUUACAUAAUAAUAAUUAUUUUUUGUAUUUCCAUUUAAAUGUUUUUUAUAUUAAAAGAUUUUUACAGUCCAAUAAUUUUAUACAAAUAUUUUAGUCUGAAUUUUGAUCAUGAUUUUACUAUUUUGUUUGAUUAAUUUUGUUAUUGUGGUUUAAGUCAAAGAUAAAUCUUUUUAAAUAUAUAAUAUAUUUGAUUUCAACUCUAUGUCAAAGAUUGCAACUUCAUUUAUCUGAAUAUUUUGCACACAUUAUUGUAUAGAUUUAUUCACACGAAGGCGCGCUCCUCCGUGUUAUUACAUAUUAUUACCGGUGUGCAUUUGUAUGUGUGAAUGACUCUUGUACUUACAAAAUUACUUAUGGUUGUGUAUAGGUCAAAUUUCGCAGCAGAAUUUGAAGUCACUUUUAUCCGACUUUCUAUUGAGCUAAAUAUUUGCAAGUAAUUUUUGGUCAAUAGAAUUCAUAUUUUUUUUUAUUAAUUUCAUCUGUACUUUGCACUGAUACAUGUACAAAAUACAAAACCUGUUUUAUUUUUUUUCUAAUUUAUAGUUAUUAAUACACAAGGGACACACAAAGGACCGUCGAAUAUGGACUUUGACCUAAUUUCAAUAAAUUAAAUUUAACAAAUCAAAUGAAAUUAUUUCGAAAAUUGCGGGGUAAAUCACACUUGUUCAAUUUUUAUUCAUUCAAUUUGCUUAUUAUACUUUUAAAGACUUGUAUUUUAUUUGUUCUUAUGAAUGUUAUUAUUAGCACAUUUUCGCUCUUUAUUAUUAUUUAUAUUUAUUGUUUAGGUGUAAGUCGUUUC